AUGCCCUGGGCAUUUGCUAUUGUGCCGGGUAUUUUGACUUACCUAUUCGGCUUAAUCAUGUACCGGGUGCGGUUAAGCCCAAUUGCGGCUUUCCCCGGGCCAUUAUUAGCCCGCACUACAUAUUGGUACGAGUUCUACUAUAAUUGGAUCAAAUGCGGCCAGUAUUACCUCAAAAUCGAGGAAAUGCAUCAGAGAUAUGGUGAGAUCCUCUUAUGA